CAAAAAACAGAGAGAAAUUUAGCUUGAAGCAGAGCAGGGACAAAGCAGAGUUCUCUCUUUUUCUUUUUUUUUUUUUCCUUGAAUUUUUUUUUGUUGUACUCCAAUCUCAGACCCAAAAUUUGUAAUCUUUUUUUAACGAAGAUUACAUCUCCAGCAAAAUCAAUAUCAAAAUCUCGUUCAUGGUCGCGAAUCUUAAGUUGGGUUUGUUAAAUUUCAACCCAACUUCUUCAAGCAUGUAAUUCGGUCUCAUCUCAUCUGGGUGUUCGAAGAAGAAAAAAAAGCUUUUUUUUUGGGGUAUGAAUCUGAGUAACGGGAAGGGAUCGAUGUCGACUUCAACUUCCGGCGCCGGAGUCUCCGACCAGUUUCCCGUGGGUUUAAGAGUUUUGGUUGUAGAUGACGAUCCCACUUGUCUCAUGAUCUUGGAGAAGAUGCUUCGAACAUGUCUUUAUGAAGUUACGAAACGCAAUCGAGCAGAACAUGCCUUGAAUUUGCUUCGAGAGAACAAAAAUGGGUUUGAUGUAGUUAUAAGUGAUGUUCACAUGCCGGACAUGGAUGGAUUCAAACUUCUGGAGCGUAUUGGGUUGGAGAUGGACUUGCCUGUAAUCAUGAUGUCUGCGGAUGAUGGGAAAGAUGUUGUGAUGAAGGGUGUGACUCAUGGCGCUUGUGAUUACCUGAUCAAACCCGUGCGCAUUGAGGCUUUGAAGAACAUUUGGCAGCAUGUUGUGAGGAAGAAGAAGAAUGAAUGGAGGGAAAUAGAACAGUCCGGGAGCGUCGAAGAAGGAGAUCGGCAAGCUAAGCCAUCUGAAGAACCAGAUUACUCGUCGUCAGCCAAUGAAGGGAACUGGAGAUCUUCAAAGAAGAGGAAAGAUGACGAGGAAGAUGGUGAUGACAGGGAUGACUCAUCAACACUAAAGAAACCUCGGGUGGUUUGGUCUGUUGAGCUCCAUCAACAAUUUGUGGGUGCUGUUAAUCAAUUGGGCAUUGAUAAGGCUGUUCCCAAGAAAAUCCUAGAGCUGAUGAAUGUUCCUGGGCUCACUAGAGAAAAUGUUGCUAGCCAUCUCCAGAAAUAUCGGUUGUACCUUAGAAGGCUCAGUGGACAACACCAAACAAAUAUGAAUAACUCUUUCAUGAGUCCCCAAGAUCCAACUUUUGGGCCAAUGACAUCAUUAAAUGGUAUGGAUCUUCAAGCUCUAGCUGUAACGGGUCAACUUCCUGCACAAAGCCUUGCAACGCUACAAGCAGCCGGACUUGGUCGGUCAACACCAAAAUCUGGCAUACCUUUGCCCAUUGUCGACCAACGGAACCUAUUUAGCUUUGAAAAUCCAAAAUUGAGGUUUGGUGAGGGGCAGCAACAACAUUUAAGCAAUGGUAAACCUUUGAACUUGCUUCAUGGAAUUCCAACAAGUAUGGAGCCAAAACAACUUACUAACUUGCACCAGUCUGCCCAAUCUCUUGGGAUGAAUAUGCAAGUCAAUCCCCACGGAUCCCAAAAUAGCCCUCUACUUAUGCAGAUGGCUCAAGCCCAGUCAAGAGGACCAAUUCUAAAUGAAUCUUCUAGCGGUCAUGCUCCCAGGCUUCCAUCAUCUGUGACGCAGCCUAUGGUAACAAGUGGGGUUUUAGGGAGAAACGGAAUUUCUGAUAAUGGCAGGGGAUCAGGAUACAAUCCUGUUAUGCAAAACUCUUCAAUGUUGAAUUUUCCCCUGAACCAAUCCUCAGAAUUGCCAGGCAACAGUUUCCCUCUUGGAAAUCCACCAAGCAUAUCAGGUCUCACAUCUAAAGGGGCAUUCCAAGAAGAUGUUAACUCAGAAAUUAAAGGCUCUGCUGGUUUUAUGCCGAGUUAUGAUAUAUUUAACGACUUGAAUCAACAUAAAUCUAAUGAUUGGGACAUACAGAAUGUAGGAUUGACCUACGAUGCCUCACGACAAUCAAACAGCUUACAAGGUAGCUUCGACAUGGUUAAUCAAGGAUUUUCUGCUGGCCAAAGAAAUUUACCAGUUAGGAAUCAAUCCAAUCCUGGCAAGGCUAUGUUCUCAAUGGGAGAAAAUGAUCACGGGACCUCACAAAACAUUAAUCAGAACCUUAAUCCUCAUCUUGGUGACCACUCAGUAAGGAUUAAAUCUGAAAGGAUUCCUGACGACAUAGGUAACGACCCCGGCUUCUUUCCUGAACAAUUUGGCCAAGAUGAUUUAAUGAGUGCACUCCUCAAACAGCAGCAAGAAGGCAUUGCACCAGCUGAAAAUCAGUUUGAUUUUGAUGGGUAUUCCUUGGAUAAUAUUCCUGUGUAGAAUACACGCUGCAUUUUCUGGUGUAUAUAGUUGCUGUGACAGGUUGAACUUAUUCUUCUUCUGCAACCAUAGGGUGGAUUUUAAAGUUUGUCUAAUUCAAGAAACUGGACUUCUUGAUUUUCCUUAGCCACAUCUUUCCAGCAUGCUCUGCUGCUGCUUAGGACUUUUGAGACCAGGCUUUUUGGUAUUACUCCAUAUGGAUCAACCAUGAGCCUGGAUUGUCAAAAUUUUCUAUAUUGCAUGAUAUGCAAAAGGUGUCAUGCUAAAUUAUGUGAAGGUGUAGUGCAAAAUUUUGUACGGCUUUGGUGGUAAAUUUCGAUCGGGUCAACGCUACAUCUGGGCUGCUGCUGCUGGCAAAGCUCCCCCUUAGUUUUUGGGUACAUCUCCAAUUGUGGGUAGUAAGUAGGUUUUGUUGAUACAUUUGCAGACUUUUUAGGAUCAUUUCUAACUCUAAUAACACAUGAAGUUUGCCCCUCUUAUUUUAUGUUUCACUUCCAUUUUUUUCUUUCUCUCAAAGAAUUGACUUUGAUGUACAUAUUGUAUUGCAUUGCUCAUGACUUAAGUCUGAGUGUUCGUUUCGUCUUUGUUUUGUGUACUUAAAUUCUAAGCCCUCAUUUAUGCUA